AUGGAUUCAAUCUUCUGCGUACAUAGUGGUUUAUCACCAUCCCUCAUAAAGCUGAGGACAUUAGAAGAGCUUUCCAGACCUCUACCAAACUACAUCAACUUGCCAUUAGUGUCAGAUUUAGUCUGGUCGGAUCCAACCGACGACAACAUUGAAUUUGCUGCAAAUCAGCGUGGAUCAGGUGUUUUGUUUGGUAAUUCUUCUGUUACGAGGUUCCUUGAAUCAAAUUCCCUUCAAUUGAUCGUUCGAGGCCACCAGUGCAAUCAGAAUGGUGUACAUUCGUUUGCCAAGACACAAGUUGUCACUGUUUUCUCAUGCAGCGAUUACUCUGGCAUCGAGAAAAACAAAUGCGGACCUCUUCAAGUCAAAACACUCAAUGAGAUCAACAUCUACAGUCUUACAAAGUCGGGAUCUGGCUUCCUACAAGACUCUGUACGCAUGAUGCUCACUCCAGGACACAUUGGCUUAGAACCUUAUCGUAUGAAGAAAUCCAGUUCACAAACUCGAGCCAUGACAUUCCUAACUACAACAACGUAG